GUGCCAUCUUCCCCAUUAGCAAACUACACUAAACACUUCUCUCUCCUUAAAAAUGAAGCUUUCUAUACGUUUGAUCUCGGCCGUUCUUGUCUUGUUCAUGAUAUUUGUAGCCACAGGGAUGGGUCCAGUCACGGUAGAGGCACGCACGUGUGAAUCAAAGAGCCAUAGGUUCAAGGGUAAAUGCUUCAGCGAGACAAACUGCAAAAACGUGUGCCACAAUGAAGGCUUUACUGGAGGUAACUGUCGUGGAUUCCGUCGUCGUUGCUUCUGCACCAGACAUUGCUGAUCCAUCCAUUCUCGUAAAUCAAGUCUUCGAUCCAAAUAUCUUCUUCUCUUCUUUCUGUCUAAUCUUUCGUAUGUAUAGUACCAGUGUUGUACUGUGCAUGUGUGUGUUUUAGUGUGUGUUCUUGAAUAAGUCUUUUGGUUUGUGUGUUUCCCAGUUUUUGUGUUAACGUUAUAUAAACUAGUGCCUCCUCUUUUUUACUAUAUAAUAAAGGACUCGAAUCUAUCGUCUAAGUUCUGAUGAUAAA